AUGAGUAGUCUGACAAACUCUGAAAAUUACAUACAGAGACUACUUACAGAUUUUCAAAAACAAUUACAACCAAUUUUGGAAUCAAAUAGAAUUAUUCAAGAUUAUACCUUAUUAAAUGGUUAUAUUAACUUCGUUCAUUCUAAAGUUUAUCGUUUGAUUUUUAAUAUUCUAGAAGAUGAAAAAACAAAUAUUGGUAGUAACGAUCAUUUAAAUUUUGAUUCAAAUGUGAUUUCAAAUAUUUUAAUUGUACUUUGGGAAAAAAUUCAAUACCCUAUAUUUAAGUGGUUUCAAGCCUGGCAAAAAUGUUUAUUACCUAAAUCAAAGGAUGAAAAGCCAAAAUAUGUCGAAUUUAGACAAAUGAAUAGUAAAGUAACAAAGUUUUUCAAAUCCGUGCAUUCAUUUUACUAUGAUAUUAUUGAAAAUAUUCAUUCCCAAUAUGACUUAUCUCAAGUUAUUUCAAAUUCAAUUUUUAAAAAUUUGAAUUUAACUGAUAAAAAUCAAAUUAAAAAUACGGAAAAAUAUAAGUUGGACCAAAAUAAUAAAUUAGGUGUUUUACUAGUGGUAACUUUGCAUAGAUGCAUCCUUUAUAUUGGUUCCUCUCAGAAAUAUAAAACCAUAAGUGAUAAAAUAUCAAACAAAUAUGUGAUAGAUGAUUUUAAAAAAUCAAUUAGAUAUUUUGACAUGGCGUCAUUAAUUUUGCCAUCUGUCGGAGAGACAUAUCUACAAAAAGGUAUGAUUCUCAUUUCAACAGAAAAUUACGGAAUUGCCAGUUAUGAAUUUAUUAGAAGUAUUUUAUCGAGAAUACCAAAUUUAGCAGGUUUUUCAAAUUUGACAAAAUUAUUAUGUGAUGACAAAAGUUCAUUAAGGAAAAGAUUUGAAUCAAUUUUACUAGACACUCACAAUAAGGAUAUUCUAAGUACAAGAAUUGUAGAUAAAGAAAUUACAGAAUAUUACUUCCUUGCCUUAUUUUCAAAUAAAUUUACGAAAUGCAUCCAAAAAGAUAUACCUCAAAACACAGAUGAUACACUUUUAGAUGGUAGACUGAAACUAAACCAUAUUGAAUUGGCAUUAUAUGAAAGGAUAUCAACAAAAUAUAUGAAAAACAUUCAUACAAUUUUUGUAAGUUUACUUACAGUUAUAGGAGGAUAUGAAAUUAUUUCAUUAAAUAAUACCAACAGUAAUGAUCAAUUAAGAAUAAAGAAAAUUUCAUUAGAUGAAAUAUCUGAAAAACAGUUGGCAUAUUUAAAGUUUGCAUUCGAUUUAAUAUCACAUAUAUUCAAUAAUGUAAUAGCUAAAGGCUGGGAAAAUAAUUUAGAGAAAUAUGAAUAUUUGGCCAUGGUACGUAUUGUUAUAUGUUGGAUAAAAUCAAACAAAUCUGUAAUUCAAUAUUCACACCGUAAUAGAAAGUUCUGUGAUUCUUUUGUGAAUUUACUAAAUAACUUUUUAUCAAGCAAAAAGUUCACUGAAAUGACUAUUCCAGAUGUUAGACCAGGCAGAGCUUAUUUUUUCCAAGAAGAUAUUUUUUUGAAGGAAUUUUCACCUAUUAAAUAUGCCUUGGCAGAUUUCAACGACACUGCUAUUUUUUCCAAGUUAGAUUCUCCAAACAGAUUAGUAGGUGAAGUCGAAAUCUCUGAAAAAUUGAAUAACAACGAUGAAACAGAAUUAAGAUUACAAUCUAUCCUUUAUUCUGGUUCCAAAUUUUUCCGUAAAAAUAGUUUCAACGUGGAAUGGAUUCCAUCUAAAAAUUCCUUUUCAACUAUAGAGCCCAUGAAAGAGGAACCUAAGUCAAAAAUGAAACCUUACAAGAAAUCCAAUUUUAUCACUGAGAAAAAGAAUAAAGGUAACUCCAAGUCUGCUUCAAGUAGAGUAUUAUCAUUGACGGAACUUGAAAAUCAAAUUAUCAAUUCAAGAGGCACAUCCACUACGGAACAAAGAGGAUAUAGUGGCUCUUCAUUGCCUAUGGCUCCUUCAUCAUUUAUUGUUAAACCAAGCUCUUCUUUAACGACUGACAAGAGUUCACAUCAUAAGGAUGACACUGACUCUUCUUUGGGAUCUAAUAGAUUAAGCUUGUCAACCAGGUCUAACGAUUCUAUAUCCUCCAAAGACGAAGGUGUGUCAGAAGAUAAGGAAGAAAUUCAAAAAGUUGAAACAAUACCGUCCUCUUCAGACGCCUCACCUAAAUUGUUGAGGAACAUAGAAAAAAUAAAUGUUCCCGAAAAUCCUCAGCAACCAAAGAGCAACAAUGAGAACACAAUUCAACAGGAUACCCAAAUUCAAGAUUCAUUGCCAAAAUUUACAGGUUUUCAAAAUUCAUAUCCAUACGCUACACCUAAUGUAAAUAAUACUAUCAAUUCUAUGCAACUUGAAGGCAAGUAUUCACAAUUACCUAUUUCAUCAUGUCCAUUUCCACAACAAAAUGGGUUUAAUCCAGUAGAUGCUACAAAAUAUCCACCUGUGCAAACAAAUACAGAUUAUCAAGGGAAUCCAAUCCAAAAUCUACCAUCUCAACCUGUCGCAAAUCGCGACAGUAAUUAUAACCAAUUGAUGGGAGUCCCAGGAGAGUUCUUCGCAAACAGAGGAGGAUACCCAGCACCAAUUCAAUAUAUGAAUGGCAGCUAUUUUUCAUAUCAACAACAAGUGACUACGAGUCAAUAUGGGGCACCACCAGGCUGGACACAGCCACAACGAUUUGUUCCACCGCCUCACUCAUUACCCAAUCAUCCUCAACAACAACAGCAGCAACAACAACAACAACAAAUCCAAUAUACACAAGAAUACACUCGGAUGAAUACUCAGCAGCAAAUGCAGUCAUGGCAAAGCUACAAAAACACCCAAUUCUAA